UGUCUUAUCCCGCUCAUCUGCUUUUCACCUUGUCCUCAUAUUCGCGAGUCAGAAACUAAAUUCGUGGUCUUGGUCCAAAAUGGUGUUCUCGCGAGCGAUCCGCUGCCAUUUCUGUAAUACGCGACAAGCGCAGGUGCGACGAAACACGACCCAGUAUCAGUGCACCGCAUGCGAGGCCGUCAACUUUCUAGACGGCAAGGGAAAUGUAGUCGACACUCCAGUCUCAUUCGUUGAAGCGACCGAACGAAGAUCAAAUGCGUCCAAACGACAAAUCGCGAUAGCACCCGUGCGACAACGGACGACGUCUCCGGAGUACGAGCAGCAACAGUCGUCGCAGCCACCAAAGAAGCUGGUCUUCUGUCGAACAUGCCUGCAAAACCAACAUCUCUAUAACGAAACUCUCGCCAACUACCUACCCGAUGACGAAGAUGAUCCUCGAUAUCGCGAAUUCGAAGCGCGAUUGCCGCAGUUCAAAGCGGACUUGGAAAAGCGAUAUCCUCUUAUCUGUAGUAAAUGCGCACCCCUUGCGCAACAGCAAAUUCACCAGGCAGAUUACUACGGCAUGGCACAGAACGCAGCGAAACUGUGUGCAGAGACGAGAUCAAGAGGAGGUCGGCUUACGAAGAGAAAGGGCAUGCGCGACGAUUGGAAAAAAUGGACCAUGAGAGUAACUCUCAGAUUUGUGGGUUUGGUCAUGUAUACUGGUCUAUACACCCAAGUCGCAUACCAUCUCUACGGACUUUGGUGCCUUUAUACAACUCCCACAGAAUUUGCCACGGAUCCUUCGAUACAAGUAUGCGCAAUCCGCGCAACUCUGCUACGUGCAGAUUCGGCUUGUCAUCAACUUCUCGGAUCUUACCUUCCCUACACCAUUGUCGCAGCACUGUUCUUACUACCAUACAACACCGGAUUGAAACUUUGGUUCGACGGCACUCAUAGGAUGGAGGCUGUUCGAGGCCAGAUGAACUAUCUCGCCAUCCAAGUUAUCAUGCUGGGAAUCAGGGCUGUGGCUUGGAACAAAAUGUCCGAUCCCGAAUUUGUGGAAACUCUCACAAGAUCCCAAAUCGUGGUGAUUCACGCUUUCGUUGCGCUAUUCUUGCCGAUUGCGCAGUUGGCCGCCCAGUCAGGAAUUGAAGGUGUGAAAUGGAAAUUAAAUGGGAACAUUAUGCCGAAUCCGAUGGAGAGGGAUGUUCUGGGUGCAUAUGCUGGUCCAGCAUCAGAAGAGCAUCACGAUCCCCAACCUUCCGAGGAAGAUCCGUUCCGACUCUUGCGUUCCAACGAACCAAGCGCCUUUUCUGCGGCGUCUCUCGCCAAAUCGCGUCCUAUUCAACAACGACCCUAUCUUUCGCCGCCUGAGGAGUCCGAACAUGGCGCCUCUUCAGAUGAUGAAGACGCUAUGGAGACCGACUUCGCGCCGAUGAUGAAAUCUUCCACGCGCCGACGCAACCCCGGAUCCCAACAACGACCCAACAUCGAGCCAACACAUACCUACUUCAACCACACAAACGCCCCGCCCCUUGGCCUCGACACCAUUUCGCGCCAACUCACCGCCAUGGAAGACCACAUGCAACGAGAACAAAUCCAGCGCCAACAGGAACAGCAAUCCCGCCUGCGCUUCGAACCUCGCAAUUCCACCUCCGGAUUCUUCAACCGCGCCGCCGCCGCCCCUAUACCUGGUCCAGCAAACUCCGCAGCCCCCUUCCGCCGCCCUGUUCCUCCCCUCCCCCGCCAAGCAAGUCCCUGGAGCACAACCAACUCCUUCUCGCAGAACAACAACGCCUCUUCCCAAUUACCCUCGAGCCAGAACCGAGAUUUCAUGGCCCGCAUGCGUCCCACCACCCCCAUUCUGACGUAUCCCGACGCAUCCUCCCCUAACAACACUCAACAUCAAAAUCAACCCCAGGGCGGCGAAGAGAAAUUUACAGGAGCUGGCGGUCAUCAUUCCGAUUUCCGCCUCGCAAAGGGGAAACUAUCCCUCCCUGGGGAUGAUCGUCGCACGGGACUUGAGGAGCGAUUCGAUCGUUUCUUCGGCAUCGACGAGAGCGCUGCCGCUGCUGCUGCCGUUGCUUCUGGGAACAAUGGAGGAGGCAAGGGGUGGUUGGGUGGAUUGAUGGGGAGGUGAGGAAAUCUCUGGCCCGAUUUCUGCGGUUGAGAGAAGUAGAUUGUAAUAUUUUGGACGGUUUUGAUGGAUCAAUUGAGGCGGAGUUCUUGGAAAUCUUUUUUGGGCCCCCCGCAUGGAUGACGAUUAUGCUUUGCCCUUUUCUUCUCUGCUUUGGAUGCUCCUAGGGCUGUUUUUUUUUUCUGGCGGCCUCUUUAUGCUCGUUGGGAGUGGAGUGUUUCGGAUCUCUUUCAUUCUCGGCGUUCUCUGUCUUGUACCUUCUGCGAGAUUUGAGUGUUUGCAGCGAAUUUUGUGGCUCGCUCGUCUUGUCUUCCUUUUCCCGAUGAGAAACGGGAAUGAUGCAGACGAGGAAAUUUGAUUAUCUGAUGUUUUACAUAAUGACUUUCAAACUUUUCAAGCU